CGUGGCUGGUUGCUCAUACGAUUCGCCAUCUCCUUUCCCUGGGAAAAAACCAAACUGAAAACCGCGCUUGAUUUUGGCUUUCAAAAUCGUAUUUGAAUGUUAGAUAAAUCGAGAAUGGCGGCUCGGAGGAUUUCUUCAUUGCUUUCUCGCUCACUGGCUUCCUCCUCUUCUCUGCUUACUAAAGGGAGGAUUUCUGGAGUAGGCAGAGUAGUUCCUAGUUACAGCACCUCCUCUUCUGUUAACAACCCGAUCACUCCUUCCGUCAAAGUGAACUGCACUCAGCUUUUAAUUAAUGGGAAGUUUGUUGAUUCAGCAUCAGGUAAAACGUUUCCAACAUAUGAUCCCAGAACAGGAGAUGUGAUUGCUCAUGUUUCUGAAGGUGAUGCUGAAGAUAUCGAUCGAGCAGUUUCCGCUGCUCGCAAGGCAUUUGAUGAAGGACCUUGGCCAAGGAUGACUGCUUAUGAAAGAGCAAAGGUGUUGUUUCGAUUUGCUGAUCUCCUUGACAAGCAUACCGAGGAGCUUUCGACACUCGAGACUUGGGAUAAUGGAAAACCGUAUGAACAGUCUGCUAAGAUUGAACUACCCAUGAUCUCACGAGUAAUCCGGUACUAUGCUGGUUGGGCAGACAAGGUUCAUGGUCUCACUGUUCCGGCUGAUGGUCCACACCAUGUUCAAACCAUAAAUGAACCAAUUGGUGUUGCUGGUCAAAUUAUUCCAUGGAAUUUUCCUCUUCUUAUGUUUGCUUGGAAAGUUGGGCCUGCCCUAGCAUGUGGCUGCACCAUCGUUCUCAAGUCCGCUGAGCAGACACCUUUGUCUGCUCUUUUUGCAGCCAAGCUACUUCAUGAGGCUGGACUUCCUCCAGGUGUUCUAAACGUGAUUUCGGGUUUCGGUUCAACUGCUGGUGCAGCUCUUUCCAGUCACAUGGAAGUGGAUAAGCUUGCUUUCACUGGAUCAAGUGAUACUGGAAAAAUUGUCCUCGCAGCUGCUGCAAAAAGCAAUCUUAAGCCUGUAACAUUGGAGCUUGGAGGAAAGUCGCCUUUCAUUGUAUGCAAGGAUGCUGAUGUGGACAAGGCUGUUGAGUUGGCUCAUUUUGCUUUGUUCUUUAAUCAGGGACAAUGUUGCUGUGCCGGCUCUCGGACUUAUGUACACGAGAGUGUGUACGAUGAGUUUAUAGAGAAGGCAAAGGCACGUGCGUUGAAACGUAGAGUUGGUGAUCCAUUCAAGGCGGGAACCGAACAAGGUCCCCAGAUUGAUUCGACACAAUUCAAAAAGAUCCUGAGGUACAUAAGAUCUGGUGUCGAAAGUGGAGCAACGCUCGUAGCCGGAGGAGAGAGGUUAGGGAAUAAAGGCUACUAUAUUCGGCCCACUGUUUUCGCCAACGUAAAGGAAGAUAUGUUGAUUGCACAGGAUGAGAUAUUUGGUCCAGUUCAAUCAAUCCUGAAAUUCAAGGACUUGGAUGAGCUUGUUCGGAGGGCAAAUCAGACGAGAUACGGGCUGGCUGCCGGUGUCUUUACAAACGACUUAGAAACAGCAAACACCUUGACUCGGGCGUUGAGAGUCGGAACUGUUUGGAUAAACUGCUAUGAUGUGUUCGAUGCAAGCAUUCCAUUUGGUGGGUACAAGAUGAGUGGACAAGGGAGAGAAAAGGGUGUUCACUGUCUGAGCAAUUACUUGCAAGUGAAGGCAGUUGUGACUAAAUUGAAGAACCCAGCUUGGAUGUAGAGGUCCCUUUCACCAACUUUUUACCUUUUGCUUUCUUUAUUGGCUGAAGGAGGAAAUUGCAGGCAUAAUUUAGCUUAGGUAGUGAUUUUAUCAUAGAACGUCUGUUUAUGGUAAUU